AUUGUUUGCUCGGUGAAUGUACGGUCGGCCGAUUGGUGAUGGAAGAUAGAAAAUCGAGACAACAUGUAUUUUUCUAUGCAGUAUCUAGAUGGUUAUAUUUCUUGCAAGGAUUUGGAGGAAAUUAUACGGAUUUCAAUACUUUGUUGCAGAGCCAUAGAUCCGUAUAAUGUCCUCCGUUUCCUUGCAACAAAUUAACCGUGGUCACUACAUCAAAGCUAGACUUGAUUUUAUUGGAGUAAUGAGUUGUGGUUCCAAAGAGUCAUACCACGAGUUGCUGAGGUCCAAAAGAAGACCAGGACCACAUCUUGUUGGAGGUGGAGCGGAGUGUUGGGUGGAUUACAAACUUGGAAGACGUUGGAUGCCCUGGCGACCUUUCUCUGUCGAUGGAUGGAGAGCGUAAUUGAAACACAUGGCACAGCGGAGAAUUUACACACAGUGAUACAGUUGUCAUGCAAAUGGGAUUCUUGGAGAAUGGUACAUCUUGCGGAUGAAACGUUGUAGUCCAAGAAUUCAAAUCUGUGUUGUCACAUACUGCCGACCUAAAUUGCACAACAGGGAUUUAUCUGUAGUCGAAAAGCAGAUAUCAAGACCCCCCCUCGAGGCUUUUUCUCUUCACGCCCGGAAAGUUUAAGCCCUGUGCGGUUUGGAUUCCGAGGCAGCAGGGAGAGGAGUUUCGCUGUCCAGAAUCCAGAUUGUGGAAACGGGAAUGCACCUUUUCCGAAAAUAAUGGGUGUCUGAGGCUCUGAGUCCAACACUGUUCUGAUGGGGAUGGGGACCAUGGGGUCAGUCGUUCAUUCUUUUUACAGAACCAAAGAGGCAAGGCAUGAGCGGGAGCAGGAGAAGCGUAGCCACUUCUCCCUUCGCUAACUAUUCACCAACUCCCCGCUGCCUCUGGAAUCUGCAAAUUAAUAAAGUCCAGCUGCUUUUGCAUCGUCUAUGUAAUCCAAGCUGUCGACACCUCACUGGAAAGCUGACACCCUGCACUCAUGAGUCACGACACGUCUCCCUCCACCUCUCGAUUCCCCAUCUCUCACUCCUCGCCCUCUCCCUCUCCCUCCCCCACCAACACAUGCCUCUCUCUUGUGUCGACAACCCCUGGGCCUCUUCUCUCCCCCUUUCCCCAUCUCGUCCAGUUACGCAUCUGCCUCAUCCCCCUGUCUCCACCACCCCUUCCUAGGUUCGGCAUCCUAUAAUCCCCCAGACACCGGCACAAGACACCAAGAAAUGCAGCACCCCGAAACAGCUGGAACAGCUUCAUCAGUAUCUGUUCCCUUCAUCAGAGUAGAACUGGGUUUCAUGCUACAAAUCGCUAACCCGUUCUGGUGGGUACGUUACAGAGGCAGAGUACAACUCGCUGAUAUCUUCACAGUGCUCUCGCGGCAAUCUUACCUUUUUCGCUCAAGUGGUAAGUUUGUUGGGAGCUCGAGAAGAUACUGUCCAGAUGACAACUUGCACCGCUACUAUAGAAAAUCAUUGCAUGAUUAGUAAUAUGAAAAUCGGAAUAAUAGAACGUGGGUUUGGAUAUGACUGCAUAUUGUGAUAUGCGCGUUUCAGUCGCUAUUCGAUCGCGCAUCAGUAGCGAGGUGGAAUAGUGUUGCUAUAUGCGACCAUGACCUUCUGUGAUUUGGUACUGGUUGGUGGAGAACUAGCCCCGACCGGCACAGAACGGUACCAGGCGAAUGGACGCAUUUACCCAAGCUGUGUCACGGGUGCACAACCGGCAGUCAUGGGUUAGCGAUCCUAAAUGCAGACCAGUUUUCUAGCUUCAAUUGCAGUCGUGCGCUAUGUCUGGAUAGCGCAAUCUCGGUUUAGUUUGACGUCCUUUCCUGCUCUCCGUCACCGGAUGUGGGAGCUCACGGUGGGGUCCGCAGGUGUCAGUUUUCUGGUAUUUGUCGUGCGAGACUGAAAAGCCCCGAAGGCCACCGUAGGGGGUACUCGACGUCUUGAUGAACAUACCGUGCCUGGUCUGAGUGGAAGCUCUGUCGGACAUACCGACCGGCGAGUAAUGACGGUCAACACAUGUUCGUCGCUUUUUCUAACCGGUUGUUGAUCUCGUACCGGACAUGGUUCUGGAUAUCGUAUCCACAACCAUGUCACGUUCCCGGAACCGCUGGACCUACUGUAGUCCGUCUGACACGCGUCGAGCCGUGGUUACCUCAUGUGAAGCACAACACGGCGCGAGGACAUAUGACAUAUGCUACUGUAUGGAUAGCGUUAGCCAAAUAUAAUGUAGUGUAC